GAACAAAUAGAACCUUAAAGAAAACCCGAAUCAAUGAGGGACGACUUUCCACAACGUUUCAGAUCCAAAGGACAGUCUCCUGAUCCAAAUCCAGAAAGGGAGUGAUACAACCACUGAGUAUACUUUCCUGUAAACUCAAAAAGAGGCUUUAAAGAGUUUAAAAAUGACUCCAGGCUAAUCUGGAGGUAGAACGUUUUCUUUCUUAUUUAAGCCAUACUUCAAUCUAGAUAUAGAAGCUACACAAAACUAUUAGUUCUAGGCUAGGGCUCCAUAAGGUGCAUUAGCAAAUAAAGCAACGUGCCUUUUCUUUUUAAAAUCACAAUACACAAGUCACAUGCAUGUACUAAAAGCAUACAUAUAUUGAUGUCACUAAAGAGUUAAGGGGAAUACUCAGCCCUUGAAUAUCUAUAAAGACCACCCAAAGGUAAACCUUGACCUCAAUCCAGAAAUUUCAAUACGGAUCGGGUUACAUCUGUUCUAAGAAACUUGCAGUUGAUCGAGGCUGCUGCUUAGCACUAUAUCGAGGUAAAGAGUUGCUAUUAACUUUUAAGGUAAUCCACUGAGCAAAGAGCAAGCAGGAGUUCUAAUUCAGUCAUUUUAAAGGAAGUUUUUCUCAAUGUUGGAGCGCACUGACUGCUGACUGGAUUAACAUGAUGAGGGAAGAAUUUGCCUUCAGCACCAUGCCAGAUUCGACACCUUUGUCGAUGUAUUUGGAGAUGAUAUCUGAGACCCCCCUUUCUCCUCCAUCCCCCAACUUCAUUUCCAAGGUCCAGAGGUGCAGGAAUGGAAUCAGUGCCUUAGAGGAGAGUUUAGAAACCAACCUGCAGGUUCUGAACAAGAUCCGCAAGAGUAUACGAACCAUACACUCAUCAGGACUUUCUCAUGUUGAUGCUCAGGAGGGGUAUAUCGAAGCUCUACAGUCUCUGGGCAGUAAUCAGCUCUCCAUGAACAACCAUGAACUGUCCACUGGCUUUCUAAAUCUAUCUGUACUCUCACGGGAGCUGAGUUCACUCUUCAGUACUAUGAUUCACAAUCUGAACAGCAUUUUAUCAUUCCCAUUGGACUCCUUAUUGCGUGGGGAUUUAAAAGAUGGAAGAUUGGAGCUAAGAAAACAGACAGACCGAAGCUGGAAGGAAUAUGAGAUUAAAGUGUCGAAGAAAACCCGCUCUUCCGGGUCUCGUGUUGAAACAGAAACCGCUGAUGAGACUGACAAAGAACGGAAAUUAUUUCAGCUGCACUUGUGUGAGUAUCUCCUCAAAUUGGGUGAAGCGCAGGUGAAGCAGGGUCCUGAUUUCCUCCAGUGCCUCAUCAAAUUCUUCCAUGCGCAACGCAAUUUUUUCCAGGAUGGGCUAAAUGCUGUGCAGAGUCUCCUACCGUUUAUAGACAAAUUGUCAACUUCCCUGCAUACUAUUCAUCAGACACAGGAUGAAGAAUUAAAACAACUUUCAGAACUUCGAGAUAACUUGCAGAAACAGCUACAGAUAGAAAACAAGGAGGAUGGGUUAAGCAGAAAAGAUUCUGGCACUGGGUAUAGUUUGCACCAACAUCAAGGUGAUAAGCAGCAUGGCACAGAAAAAUCUGGGUUUUUGUACAAGAAGAGUGAAGGUAUUCGUAAAGUUUGGCAGAAGAGGAAAUGUGGCGUGAAAUAUGGAUAUCUAACGAUAUCUCACAGCACGAUUAAUCGCCCUCCUGUUAAGAUCAAAUUACUUACUUGCCAGGUGCGUCCAAAUCUUGAGGAUAAGCGCAGCUUCUACCUAAUCACACAUAACAGAACAUAUCACUUUCAGGCUGAGGAUGAAUUUGAGGCACAGAUUUGGAUCUCGGUGCUGCAAAACAGCAAAGAUGAGUCCCUCAAUGCAGCAUUUGGUAGUGAUGGUCCUUCAAAUUGUAGCCACCACCAGCUAACAAAGCAAAUUAUUAACGAGGUCAGGUCCUUGCCUGGGAACCAAGUGUGCUGUGACUGUGGCGCCUCAGAUCCAUCUUGGGUCUCCACUAAUUUAGGGAUUCUGAUCUGCAUUGAAUGUUCUGGGAUCCAUCGGGAACUAGGUGUACGUCACUCCCGAGUCCAGUCUUUAACUCUUGAUCUGCUGACAACCUCAGAACUGUUGCUGGCUGUUACCAUUGGAAACACCAAACUGAAUGAGGUCCUUGAGGCAGCUCUGCCAAUUCCCAACCCAAAACCUACUCCAAGUAGUGACAUGACCUCGAGGAAGGACUAUAUCACUGCCAAGUAUGUUGAGCACAGCUUUGUAGCCCGGGAGAGAAGCAAUGUCCUCUAUGGAGUCCGAGAUGCAAUACAAAAGCAAGAUUUGAUGGCUCUGCUACAUUGCACAGCAAAUGGGGCAGACUUGAGCAAACCAUUGCCAUCUCCAGAGAACCAGGACUUUUCUGAGACGCCAGUACACCUUGCGAUACGUUUGUGUGACAGGGUCUCGCUGCCAUUGGUGGAUUUUAUUAUUCAAAAUGGGGGAGUUCUGGACAGAUCCACAACAGAUGGGCAUACUCCUCUGCACUAUGGUGUACGAUAUAACAAGCCAGAUUGUAUACGACUUCUACUAAGAGCAAAGGCCUCUGUAAUUGCAGUCAACAUUGAUGGAUUAACCCCUCUGAUGCUGGCUCAGAAUUUGAAACACAUGGAAUGUGAAGAGCUGUUGGAGAAAGCAGUAAGUGGGACUUUUAACAGUGAUGUUGAUUUUGACUGGUUUCAUCAAGAGGAUGAAGAGAGUAUUAGUGAGGAUGAAGAAGGAGAAAAGCUCAGCCCACUCUUACUCUCCCAGAAUGUUUUAUUGCCAUCUCCGGUAAAGUUUCAUCUUAGACAUGGAGCCACAGGACAAGACAUUACCAAUCGAACGUAUGAGACCAUUGUUUUACCACAGAGGGCCCCAGCAUCACAAAGAUCCCACAGUGAAGAAAUUCCACCUCCUUUACCUGCCAAAACACAUACCCGAAAAUUUUCCCAUCAAACAUCUCUAAACAAGGACCGUCCUGUGAGUGCUCUAGUCUCCCCUUUCACAGGAGAUGAAUGGGAAAGUGUCUCUGAUGCAGCACCCCAACGUCGAGCAUCUGAACCUCCUCGUUAUACCACUGAACAGAGCAAUACUUCUUCCAGGAACAGCAUGGAGGGAGUGAAAUCAUACAGGAGAGUUAGAGGUGGACCGGUAAGCCCACACCACGUGGAAAGCAUUCAGCAAGGAACACCAACAUUUGCUGGACCUUUUUCAUCGAUUCCAGGUUCUCUAGAGACUCAUGCAGGUGGGAUACACAGGAGCAGGAGCCUUCAGGAUGAUAAUCAGCCACAAUCACCUAAUACUCCUUGAUACCCAUUUCAAGCAGGCAUAUAUACCUCGUGUGAGAGAUGCUUUGAAUUGGGAGAGAUUUGUGAAUGACAAACAGCGGCAUAAUUCAUUUUAGUAAUGUUGCGUCCAAAUGUGUUGCUUGAAUUUGCAUUUCACUGUGGAGCAAUGAGAACAAAUGAUUUAAUUUGCCCAUCUAGUAUCCGUAAAAACACUGUGGAUUUGACAUGUGCUAGGACAAACAUAACUGCUUGACAGCAUGUUAUCAACUAUAAUGUUUGGUAGAUGGGGAUUAAUGUUUUUUAAGGUUGAGUGCGACCUGUUAGUUCAAGAAACGAUACACAGGGAACAAGUGUUAAUAAUCACAUGCUUUUAGGGCUGGAUAAGUUUUAGCAAUGACCUUUUCAGUUUCAUCAUGACAAUGCCUUAAUCGCACUUAAUCAAAGUGACUUUGACAUAAAAAUGCUCUGAAAAGAUCUGAGUGGAAAAACCUGUAUGGUUCUAUAGGAUAUGACAUCAUUUCAAUCUCAUUAAUUCUCUUGUGGUUGGACAAACUCAAUAUUCCAAAUAUUAAUGGAAAGCUUUUAAUUUGUGCUGUAAUAGUUGCAAAUUGGAGACCAACUACAUAUUAAAGGAACUGAAGCUCUAAAUAUAUGUAUUUUUUAACAUUAGAAUGACCUUUUUUAAUUACCCCCCU